AUGCCAGCACCUCGUCGAAGAAGGGCAUCCCCUCCACCUCCCACGCAUACACCAGGGCAUCACCAUAUCCCUGCACCACCCUCAGAAUUAUUGCCAUGGUAUUUCUACCUCGCACCACAUCCUCUCGAUGAUCCGUUAGCACCGUUGCCACUGCCAACAGCGGGUGCUACCCAAGCGCGAUACCCGCCUCGUCCCUUCUCUGUCCACGACUCAGAGGCACUUGAGAAAGCAUAUCAGGCCCUCCUAGUGGAGAAGGAAACGAAGAAACCCCCGACACCAAUAAAUCCAAUAUCUACUUCAUCUACAAGCGCUCCGACAGACACUCGACCAGGCAGACGACGGAGAAGUGACCCGAGAAAGAGUCAAGAAUACACUUCUUCUCCCCUAAGAACGAGCGAUGUUCCACCAGAGAUGUCAGAGGAAGGGGCACCCCUACCCCCUGUCUCAAUUCCUGCACGUAAUGGUCAUGUCUUGCCGGCGGACGACUUCCCGACUACCGCGAUGGAAAGACGAGAAGUAAAGAAGCAGAAUCGGAACUCGAUAUCGAGUAUUACUUCUCAACUCGCCGCAUUUACACCGUCGGCGUCGCCUAGUCUAGGGAGCUAUUCGAAUUCCGCGGGAACAACAUCCAAUCCAUUUAUUCGAGCCAAAAGCCGCGGGGAGGUUCCGCCGCUCAGGAAAAGCUCGAAGCCAAGAUCGUCAGAAAGCAGACACGGUUCGAAGGAUCGAAAAUCAACAAGGGCACCGACAACCGAAGAGAAGGAUGGAAAGGAUGAAAAACUUGUCCCUGUUGGGAUCCAGCGCCUUCACCAAGUUCGAAUACCAAGCUUGAACAUGGAGCCAAUAUAUUGGUCCCCGCGCGAUGGAUUGGACAAUGCUAAAGUUAUAAGAGGAACUUGGUUUUACAAGGAUACAAUGUUCCCUGUAGAAACUGAAAAGGCGAAUGCUCUAGAGAAAGGGUGGAGGGAAGUUAUGGCGUGGACUCAGGAAUGGGCAUGGGAACUCGAUAGUGCUGUCAAAGUUGGAGAAGAAGCCGAAGCUAAAAUCAGAUGGGUAAUGCCUCCUAUCAAAACUGCUUCCAGGCCACCAACCGCAACCUUGACAACCGCAACAAGUGCCACGCUAGACCAACCGGCUGAGUUGAUGGAGGAAAGUACUACCUUGAAUGCGGAUCUGGUUAGGGAUGGCGAAAUCGAAGCCACAGGGAAACCAGACCCAUCGAGUGCUGAAUGGGUAAUAUUUGCGGAUGCCAAGUCUGCCUAUAUUAUGAAAGAUAGUCUUCUUGCCGGGUUUGCGGGCAGAAAUCGUCGACCUCUAGCCGCCAUCAAACGAGGCCUGACUGUUGGGACUCCAGUCGUCCGCGGUUUUGAUAUAGAGGCCUGGAGGAAGAUUCACGGUGAUAAAUAUGGACUGUCUGCUAAAAUGGAUGCAGACGAAAGACAAAGAAUAACUGAUUUGAUCCUGGUUAUACACGGUAUUGGUCAAAAACUCUCAGAACGUGUGGAAUCAUUCCAUUUCACACACGCUAUAAAUGGUUUUAGACGUCUCAUCAAUCUCGAACUUAGAGACCCUGCCGUCAAACCUCAUCUGCGAAAGGGAGUGGGCAUCAUGAUACUCCCUGUUAAUUGGAGGUCGACAGUCAAAUUUGAUGUAGAUGGUAUUGCUAGCAACACUGAAGAGGAGGAUGAGGACGAGUUGGAAUUUUCUCUUGAAGACAUAACACCACCAACAAUUCCCGCUGUCAGAAGCCUCAUGGGAGAUGUCGUAAUGGAUAUUCCAUAUUAUUUGUCUCACCAUAAGAACAAAAUGGUAAACGCAGUUAUUAAAGAAGCAAAUAGGAUUUAUAAGCUUUGGUGUAAAAACAAUCCUGGAUUCGGCUCAGAGUUAGGUGGGGGGCGGGUGCACUUGAUGGCUCACAGCUUAGGCUCGGCUAUAUCGCUUGAUAUCCUAAGUGCCCAGCCUACAAACGUUUUCCGCGCGAGUUCUCGAACAUCAACGCCUAUUCCUAUGCAACCAGAAAAGGACCCUAAUGACGACGACGCUUCUUACAUGUCUGUAACACCGACUACGCCUGGGACUUUCGACUUUAACACUACGAACCUUUUCUGCGCCGGUUCGCCAGCCGGAUUAUUUAUGCUCAUAAAUAGACGCGGUUUAAUACCCCGUUAUAAACUCAAAACAGAGAACCCAGAUUCAUCCGAUCCGUCGGUCUGUGGCUUGCAGGGAAGAUACGGUUGUCUCGCAAUCGAGAAUAUAUACAAUGUUAUGCACUAUUCAGACCCGAUCGCUUACCAACUGAAUGCAACCGUUGAUCCAACUUAUGCGGCGUCAUUAAAGAGAGCUUUGGUGCCAUCCACUGCCGGUGGAUUCUUUUCCUAUCUCCCGCGAUAUUCCUCUUCAACAGCAGCGACCGCGAAACCAACGCUGCCAACUCUACCCGUACGACUCCCUUCAAAUAUGGAACUUGAGGUGCAUGAUUUUAGUAGAGAAGAGCUGGCUGAGAGGAGGAUGUAUCUAUUGAAUGAUUGCGGUCAAAUCGAUUGGUAUUUGAAAGCCGGAGCGGGAAUGCUGGAUAGUGAGUAUCUAAACAUGCUAGGGGCGCAUAGUUGUUACUGGGAAUCGAAGGAUUUCGUGAGAUUCAUAGUGGUAGAGUGCGGAAGAAGGAAGGGCAGAGAUGGGGUCGUAGAGGGGAUGCAAUGCGAGAAGAAGAGAGAACUGGGAGGCUUAUUGAGCAAAGUGGGGAAGUGA